AUGAGUGCGGCAUUCGGUGCGCCCUUCGCCAUGAUGCAGCGUCCGCUGGGAAACACUACUGCCUUCAGCAUUGACUCGCUGAUUGGCAGCUCGCAGCAGCCCAGUCCGGGACACUUCGUUUACACUGGUUACCCAAUGUUUAUGCCUUACCGGUCCGUUGUGCUCCCUCCACCUCCACCACCACCUCCUCCCGGUCUGACACAGACGCCUCAUCACCACCAGCUCGCCGCUUUGCCCACUGCUUUACCUGGCGCGUUCUGCUCCAGUUUGGCGCAGGGCAUGGCGCUCACCUCCACGCUCAUGGCCAGCCUGCCUCAGCAUUCAGAAGCUGCCAGAAAGUUUAGUUCACAGGCUCUUCAUGCGGCAUUCGAAAAAUCCCAUGAGAUCCGUCUGGAUGCUGAGGAUGGUAAAAGUUUUCUGGGCAAAGAGGCCGGGGUGCUUCUGCCCUUCCAUGAUGAGCCGGUGCAGUCCGCUACAGUACGACAUCACGGCAAAGACGAUCCCAAGGAGGACGAGUGUUCGAGAAAGGACGAAUGCUUCUCUAUGGACAGUGAUCUCGACUAUAGCUCAGACGACAACGUGGCGGCAUCCUCUAACUCUCUGUGUCCUAAAGAGGACAGUGAUACAGCUGCAGGGCUGGAGGAUGGUGUGCGUUCCGGUACCGGGGGUUCAGGCGGGAAGAACCGGAGACGUAGGACGGCUUUCACCAGCGAGCAGCUGCUGGAGCUCGAGAAGGAGUUUCACUGUAAAAAGUAUCUGUCUCUGACUGAACGCUCACAGAUCGCACACGCCCUGAAGCUUAGCGAGGUGCAGGUGAAGAUCUGGUUUCAGAACCGCAGGGCCAAGUGGAAGCGCGUAAAGGCUGGUAACGUCAACACCAAAGCAGGCGAGCCCUCCCGAAACCCAAAAAUCGUGGUGCCCAUUCCAGUGCAUGUGAGCCGCUUUGCCAUUCGAAGCCAGCACCAGCAGCUGGAGCAGGCCAGACCCUGACACACACUUCUUGUGCCAAAUAUAAACUUAUGUUAAAAAUGAAUUGUUUUAGAGGCUCAAAAUGCCACAUUAUGUUAUUACAUUUGGAACAGCUGUCUACAUUUAUCCACAAGGAGUUAAAAACUGUA